GCAUCGCUCAUUCCACAUUAUUAUCGUUCUGCCACCGGGUUCGCGGUAACAUUUGUGAAGAUGCCAAGGAAGGACGCCAGAGGACAGCAUAACUUCAAGGCGGAUUACGCAAGCCAGCAGAAACCGCUCCAUCCAGAUGUUCAAAGGAAACUGGCCGACCACAUCGAUCACAUACACCAGUGGGCGGCAAUGGUCAAUCGGCAUACCGUACCAUUACUCCUCCUGUUGAUCACCAGGAUUCCGGCAAUGACCGUCACCGCUUUGAGGAAUGACACAUACGCAUUUCCCAAUGAGCUGGAAGUCAUGCGUUUUCGUAAACGAGCAAUGUACCUGCUGUAUACCGUUGGGAUUCCCGUAAUACUGUAUUCUGCCGGUCCAAUCGCAGCGCAGUACCGCGCCCGCCGGAUUCUGCCGAUGGCUGAGAAAUUAAUGCGGAAUCCGCGGUCGUUCAUCGACAAUGCUACUGUACGGCAGCAGCUCACGGGUGCCUGUGCUGGACUGCUCCGCUGCCGUUUUCCGAUUAUUAUCGUUCCCAUCGUCAUUUUCGUGAUGGAUUACGGACUGUGUGUGUAUCUGGACAGAGAUCCUUACGCCCAAAUCAUGCACAAUCCGAUUACCUGGUGGCAGAACUCUGGACUGCUUCUCUUCUGGGGUUGGUGGCUGAUGUUGGCUUAUCGCUUACAGACCGCUAUUGAACUGACGCACACGUACUACGAAGUGCUGACCAACACCACGGUGGAUCCCGCGAUACGUGCACGUUUUCAGAUGCGUAUUGAAAAUUUGGCGCGAAAGCCAUAGUAAUUUAAGAAUUGCUACUUUCGAUAAUCAGGAAAUGAAAAAUGUUUAUUUAGCGUUGCUGUUAAGGGAACAGUUUUAUUUGAACAUUAUUGUUCAGUGUAUGCUUAACUGGACAGCGCACGAUGGAUAUGGUAUUUUCAAGGUCAUACUGGUAGUAUUU